AUGGCCGGCGCCAACUUCCCAGCCGAGGUUCAGGGGUUGCCGGGUGGACUUCUCUCCGCAAAUCUAUUUGUGGUCUGCCUCAGUGUCGUUCUCCUCUGCUCCGUUGGUGUGGUCUCCAUGGGGCUCACGAGUUCACUCUCAAGCAAUUACCUUGAGGUGACGAAUAGCCGAAAUGUAGUGUACAACUCUUCACACAACGGCACCGUGGAGCCCAAUGCUGUACUGCUUAUUCCAGAGUUUGCCAUUGAUAUUGGGAUGUUGUAUUUCACGAUUGGUGUGAGCUUCUUCUCCCGAAAGCAAUGGAAUGUGCUCCCGUUGCCGCCCUUUUAUCACCGGGAGGGAGCAAUGCAGCCGCCUCUCCCUGAGGACAUUCUCCUCGCCUAUUUAAAGGCCAGAAAAGAUGCGCUUCAAUUUGGGUAUGCGACAGCAGAGGCUUGUGGAGGUGACUCUGCUGCAAAAAUCAUGUAUAGUAGUCGUUUUGUCUUUGCUGCAACAGUCAUUGGGACUCUCUGUGGAUUGGGCAUCAUCGUUGUGGUGUCCGUUUUUUUCUUUCAUUUGCGAAAGCAAGUCAGUCUGCCCAAGGCACAGGUUCGUGUGAAGCAGAAGUGCCUUGUUGUGAGGCUCACCGGAGAGGAAAAGGAACUCAAAAAUUUUAUUAGGUUACAUGAAUCUGAGAGACGUUGGGAGCACUAUGUGAUUCUUGUAUUGCUUCUUCUUAGCGUCGUGGGAACUGUAUUUCUCGUCACAGCCGAGGUGGUGGAACGACAUCUACACUCCUCCGCAUUGAAGUGCGGCAGGCCCUUCUGCAGCGUGUAUGAAGAGGCCAUGGCCAGUCUUUUGCGGGCUCUUGGAGUGAGUGGGCAUAGGUUCUCUUGCCAAGUUGGGUACUCUUCUGUGCUUUUGUUUGUUGUCACCAUCCUGAACGGUGUGUUAUUUUUAUUGGUUUUGUUGUUAGCUGCGCUGCACUUCUUCAUGAGCCACACAACUGUGAGGCUGACCCGCGUCAGAAAGGGCACGGAAAGACAACCGGGUGAAGGUGGGGAACUGAACCCCAUAUGCUCGGCGUAUGCGCCUCGGGAUCUGCGUAGCCCAUACAACGAUAACUUUGACGCCAAUCACUCUGUGACACUGCCGAAGGCUGCAACAAGUGCCUCGGAAAAUGGGAGAGUUGAGAGCUGCCAGUUUGUUUAUUCCACUGAAGCAGAAAGUGACGUGGGAGAAGUGGCUGAGUUAAAGACGGACUUCGGGAGCUUUCUUUGUCGUCAGCGCCGUGCGCUUGCUAAGAGAGAGGAAGUUGCACGUGGUGCCAUAUAUCACGAGCAUCAAUUUGUGUUUUGUACGCAGUUUUUUUGGAUGAGACAAAAACUUUGGCUGGGCGAGCUGCUCUGCAUGCUCCACCUGCAUUCUAUCAACUGCUACCUUGGACGUAUACUCGACCUACAGGUGAAGGAAACGUACUGUAGACAGACACUCUUGUGGAAGAAUAGCGCGAAGCUCUUGAGUAAAUUGCGUGGGUUGGAAAAGGAAGGUUACACGUCUGAGGCUGCAUUGCGGGGUACGAAGAAGGCAACAGCUUUGGUGCGUGCCGCAGGUGACGAGGUGAUGUGCUCUGUGUCUCACUAUGCUGUGAAGGACGGCAGUUACCGUUGCCAGCUGCCGACAGAGGGGUGGCUAAACAGCGCCACCAAGGCUGUGACCGAUGCAGCGACGGAGACAAGGCAUGCUGAACUUGCGUGUGGGUACGGAAUUUCAAGUCCUGAGUUUUCACUAGCCUCUGCAGAUAUGAGUUCAUCCGAAACAUUGCAACGAAAUCCCUUCCCUCCGUUCAGGUUGGAUGUGCCCCUCGAUGGCGCGCUAAGCAUGGAAAAGCAGGGUACUGUGGAUAAGUUUCUCGCGAAUGGCUACGCGAAGCUCAUUCAAGAUGCUAACAGACCAAUUCGCCUAAGACGUGGUGCACUUUUUGGAACGGACGCAUGGAAUUAA